GCAGCAGGCCCAAACCCUAACUUUUGUGUUCACUUUCCAGUUUCAGACACUCUUCUUAUCCAUUCCUCACCCAACACACACACACCAAGUCGUUAGCAUCAAUGGCCUCCGCAAACGCUCUCUCCUCCGCCUCCCUCCUUCGCUCUUCUAACCGCCAGAGUUUAAGCAGCAACAGGAGGCUGAACCACCAAAACAAUGGCAGAGUCAAUUACCGUCGCUUCUCCGUCAGAGCCUCCGCCAAGGAGAUUGCCUUCGACCAGAGCUCACGCGCCGCCAUUCAAGCCGGUAUCGAUAAGCUCGCCGACGCCGUUGGUCUCACCCUCGGUCCCAGGGGGAGGAAUGUUGUGUUGGAUGAGUUUGGAAACCCUAGAGUUGUUAACGAUGGUGUCACCAUUGCUCGCGCUAUUGAGCUCCCUGAUGCCAUGGAGAACGCCGGAGCUGCUCUCAUUAGGGAGGUUGCUAGCAAGACUAAUGACUCAGCUGGCGAUGGGACAACGACUGCUUCGGUUCUUGCUAGGGAGAUAAUUAAGCUUGGACUGCUCAGUGUGACCUCUGGUGCUAACCCUGUGUCUCUCAAGAGAGGAAUUGAUAAAACUGUUCAGGGUUUGAUUGAGGAGCUUGAGAAGAAGUCCAGGGCUGUCAAAGGAGGAGAUGACAUCAAAGCCGUUGCUUCUAUCUCCGCGGGAAAUGAUGAGUUGAUUGGGCAAAUGAUUGCUGAGGCAAUUGACAAGGUUGGACCAGAUGGCGUGCUAUCCAUUGAAUCUUCAUCCUCAUUUGAGACUACUGUUGAAGUUGAAGAAGGAAUGGAGAUUGACAGAGGGUAUAUCUCCCCUCAAUUUGUUACAAACCCUGAGAAGUCGAUUGUUGAAUUCGAGAAUGCGAGAGUCUUGAUUACAGAUCAGAAGAUAUCGGCAAUUAAGGAUAUAAUUCCACUGUUGGAGAAAACAACUCAAUUGAGAGCUCCCUUGCUUAUCAUCGCCGAGGAUGUCACUGGGGAGGCUUUGGCUACCCUUGUUGUGAAUAAGCUGCGGGGCAUUCUUAACGUUGCUGCCAUCAAAGCUCCCGGUUUUGGUGAGCGCAGGAAGGCCCUACUUCAAGACAUUGCUAUAUUGACAGGUGCUGAGUUCCAAGCCUCUGAUCUGGGAUUACUUGUUGAGAACACCUCAGUUGAGCAGCUUGGUAUCGCUCGCAAAGUAACCAUCUCCAAGGAUUCUACAACUAUGAUUGCUGAUGCUGCAUCAAAAGAUGAGUUGCAAGCUAGGGUUGCACAACUAAAGAAGGAGCUGUCAGAGACAGAUUCAGUUUAUGAUACAGAGAAAUUAUCAGAGAGAAUCGCCAAGUUGUCUGGUGGAGUUGCAGUCAUCAAGGUCGGUGCUGCCACAGAGACUGAACUUGAGGACCGUAAGCUCCGUAUUGAGGAUGCCAAGAAUGCAACCUUUGCUGCCAUUGAGGAAGGUAUUGUUCCUGGUGGAGGCACCGCAUUGGUUCACCUUUCUGACUUUGUACCAGCAAUCAAGGACAAGCUUGAAGAUGCUGAUGAAAGAUUAGGAGCUGACAUUGUUCAGAAGGCAUUGGUAUCACCUGCAUCAUUGAUUGCUCAAAAUGCUGGUAUAGAAGGUGAAGUAGUGGUGGAGAAGAUAAAGAACAGUGAAUGGGAGGUUGGUUACAAUGCCAUGACAGACAAAUAUGAGAAUUUGGUGGAGGCUGGAGUCAUUGACCCUGCAAAGGUGACAAGGUGUGCUUUGCAGAAUGCUGCUUCAGUUGCUGGAAUGGUUUUGACCACACAGGCCAUUGUUGUUGAGAAGGCUAAGCCCAAGGCACCUGUUGCUGCUCCUCCUCAAGGCCUCACUGUUUGAUUUCUCUAUUACUCUUUCAAGGUAUUGUCAUUACAAUGUUACGGCAAAGAACAGUUUUGUGUAGAAAAUGGUAAGAGCCCAAGUUUAUGAACGAAUGUUGAAUUGAAAACAAAAGAAUCGUAGUUGUAAGCAUUAUUGUUAGAU